AUGGAGCCUGAAGACCUACCAUGGCCGGGAGAGCUCGAGGAGGAGGAGGAGGAGGAGGAGAAGGAGACGGAAGAGGCGGAGGAGGGGGGAAACCUGGACUCGGACGAGGUGGUGAUGGUGGAGGAGGUGGAGGAAGAAGAGAGGAGGUACCUGGACUUGGACUUUAGUAACUACGAGAGCCAGCCUCUGGAGAGUACGGACGACGAGGAAGACGAGGAGGCCAAGGCCUGGCUGCAGGCGCAUCCCGAAGGGCCUUUGCCUCCGUCGUCGGUCCCGAGGCACCGCUACUCGGAGGACCAGCGGAGCGGCCCGGAGAAGGUUGUUCCAUUGAUCUGUCAUGUAUGGCAACAGCCACUAUAUCAAGGCAAUAGUAGGACACAUAUUUCUAAUACUACUGUGGUCUCUGUGGAAAAAACAGCUCGGUGGAGGUCUAAGGCUGAUCAGAGAACAGAAUGUUGGCAGUAUCUUCCUCAAGAGAUGGACUCUUCCCACACCUUGGAUAUGACCCAGACCAGGUUUAAUAUGAGAGAGGAAGGGACCGAAGUGACAGACCUCGCCUCUCUGGAGGAAGGUAUAUUGACCCAACCAGAAAAUCAAGGAAAGGAACCCAAGAGAGGUCUCUUAUGUUCGCCGCUGCUAGUCAUACAAGACAACUUUGCUUCCCCUGAUUUGCCUUUGCUGACAUGUAUGACACAAGAUCAAGAGUUUGGGUCUGAUUCCUUAUUUCAACAAAGCGAACUAGAUUUUGCACCUCUGAGGGGAAUUCCUGGUAAGUCUGAAGAUACUGAAUGGUUUUCUCGACCAUCAGAAGUUAGUGAAGCUUUAUUCCAGGCAGCCUCAGAAGUAGCUUCAGACUUAGUUAACAGUUGCAUUAGUGUAUCUCAGCACUCGCUUAUAGCUAGUACAACUGUUGAGUGUCGGCACUCUUUUUUACCUUUUGAACAAGGGAUUAAAGAAGAGACCCCUUCUUCUGAUACAGUUGAUGAACUGAAAACCCCCAAUGACUUCGAUAGUUAUGAUGCUCUUUGUUCCUGUAUGGCAUGGAAGACACAAGAAGUUCAGGAGCCAGAAGUCAGUUUAGCUGAUAAAGGUCAAGUUUCUGUUUCGACCUCAUCUUAUACAAGUGAUGAAUACAUGACUCCUGAAGGAAGUGACAGUUUUGAUGCUUCUUGUUCGUAUGUGCAGUAUUGGAAACAGAAAGCUUCACAGAAGUCAGAAAAUUAUCUAACCAAGGGCCUGCAGGGGAAUGCUGAAUCUGAGACCUCUACUCUGGGUGAUGAUACUGAAUGCUGUGACCUAGAUGAAAAUGCUAUUGUUGGCAGUACAAGAGCUGCUGAUCUACAAAGAGAGCCAACCAUAGAGUUGGAGUAUCACUCUUCAGAUCUCAGGAUGUUGAGGGUAUCUCCUGACACUGUGCAAAAGUCUCUCAAACAUAUAGCAGGAGAUACUUCUAAAGGAGGCAUACCUGAAGUUACUCAUUCCAACUCGAAACCAGGCAUCACUGCUACUGCUGGAGAUUCAGAUACUGGAUCUCUUUUAUCCUUGUUCCCCGAGGACUUUCCUCAGUUGGCUUUAAGGUCUCCUCAAGAGAAUACUGUUGGUCAGCAUACUGAUACACUCAACCAGCAGGCACCGGUAGAUAGUAAGAUAAGUGAAGAGACUCUAAAACUUUCAGCUGUUAGUGAACUAGCUGACCAGAAGACUGGGAUAUCAACAGUACCCUCUAGUUCCUACUCACAAAGAGGGAAGCCCAAUAUUUUCUACCCACAAGCCUUACCAGACAGUCAUCUAACUGAAGAGGCUCUAAAAGUUUUGGCUGUUCCUGGUCCUGCUGUGCAGAAGGGUGGCAUACCUACAGUCCUUCCAAGCUCCUACUCACAUGGAGAGAAGCAUAAUGUCUUCUACCAACAGGCCCCGCCAGACAGUCAUCUAACUGAGGAGGCUCUGAAAGUUUUGGGUGUUCUUCAUCCUUCUGACCAGAAGACUAGCAUACCUGCUGUCCUUCCAAGUUCCUACUCACUUCUUACUCACGUGGAGAGAAACAUAGUAUUUUACCCUCAGACCUUGCCAGACAGUCAUCUAACUGAAGAGACUCUGAAAAUUUCAGCUGUUCCUGUAUCUGCUGACCAGGGGACUGAAAAGACAAUAGUUCCUUCUAGUUCCUAUUCACGAAGAGAGAAGCACAUUAUUUUCUCCCAGCAACAGUUGUCAGAUGGUCAUCUAACUAAACAGGUUCUGAAAGUUUCAUUUGUUCCUGGGCCAGCUGAUCAAAACACUGGGAUACCUACAUUAUCUUCACAUUCCUACCCACUUGGAGAGAAGCCCGAUAUCUUUUACCAACAGGUCUUGCCAGAUAGUCAUUUAAUUGAACAGACUCAGAAAAUUGUGGCUCUUCCUGAACCAGCUGACCAGAAGACUAGGAUACCCUCUACUUCUUACUCACACAGAGAGAGGCCCCCUAUUUUCUAUCAACAGACAUUGCCAGAAAGUCAUCUAACUGAACAGGCUCAGAAAGUUCCAUCUGUUCCUGGACCAGCUGACCAGGAUACUGGGAUACCAGUAGUGCCCUCUAGGCCCUACUCUCUUGGCGAGAAGCCCAAUGUUUUCUAUCAGCAGGUAUUACCAGAUAGUUCUCUAACUGAAGAGGCUCUGAAAGCUUCAUCUGCUCCUAGGCCAGGUGACCAGAAGACUGGGAUACCAGCAGUAUCCUCUAGUUCCUACUCACAUAGAGAGAAGCCUGGUAUUUUCUACCAGAAGGUCUUACCAAGCAGUCAUCAAUCUGAAGAGGCUCUGAAAGUUUCAGUUGCUUCUGAACCAGCUGAAAAAAAUAGUGGGUUACUAUCAGAAGCUUCUAAUUUCUACUCACAUAGAGAGAAGCACAAUAUUUUUUACGAACAGGACUUGCCAGACAGUCAUCUGCCUGAAGAAGCUCUAAAAGUUACAGGUGUUUCUGAACCCACUGACCAGAAGACUGGAAUACCAGUAGUUCCCUCUCCUUCCUCCUCACAUAGAGAGAAACCCAUUAUUUUCUACCCUCAGGGCUUGACAGAUACUCAUUGCACUGAAGAGGCUCUGAAAGUUUCAGCUGUUCCUGGAUCAACUGACCAGAAGACUGGGUUGCCAUCAGAACUUUCUAGUUCUGACUCACCUAGAGAGAAGCCCAUUACUUUAUACCCACAGGACUUGACAGACGGCCAGGUACCUCAAGAGAUUCUGAAAGUUUCAACUGUUCCUGGACCAACUGACCGGAAGACUGGGUUGACACCAGAACCUUCUAGUUCCUACUCACCACAAGAGAAGCCCGUUAUUUUUUCCCCUCAGGCCUUGCCUGGCAGUCAGUUACUUGAAGAGGCUCUGAAAGUUUCAGUUGUUCCUGGACCAGCUGACCAGAAGACUGGGUUGCCAUCAGAACCUUCUAGUUCCUACUCGGCUAGAGAGAAGCCCAUUAUUUUCUACCCACAGGGCUUGACAGAUGGCCAGGUACCUCAAGAGGUUCUGAAAGUUUCAUCUGUUCUUGGACCAACUGACCAGAAGCCUGGGUUGACACCAGAACCUUCUAGUUCCUACUCACCACAAGAGAAGCCCAUUAUUUUUUCCCAUCAGGCCUUGCCUGGCAGUCAGUUACUUGAAGAGGCUCUGAAAAUUUCAGCUAUUCCUGGACCAGCUGACCAGAAGACUGGGUUGCCAUCGGAACCUUCUAGUUCCUACUCGGCUAGAGAGAAGCCCGUUAUUUUCUACCCACAGGGCUUGAUAGAUGGCCAGGUACCUCAGGAGACUCUGAAGGUUUCAGCUAUUCCUGGACCAGCUCACCAGAAGACUGGGUUGACACCAGAACCUUCUAGUUCCUACUCCCCGUGGGAGAAGCCCAUUAUUUUCUACCCAGAGGGCUUGACAGACUGUCUGGUAUCUCAGGAGGCUCUGAAAGUUUCAGCUGUUCCUGGACCAACUGACCAAAAGAUUGGGUUGCCAUCAGAACCUUCCAGUUCCUAUUCACCUCGGGAGAAGCCCAUUAUUUUCUACCCACAGGGCUUGACAGAUGGCCAGGUGCCUCAGGAGGCUCUGAAAGUUUCAGCUAUUCCUGGACCAGCUGGUCAGAAGACUGGGUUGCCAUCAGAACCUUCCAGUUCCUAUUCACCGUGGGAGAAGCCCAUUAUUUUCUACCCAGAGGGCUUGGCAGACAGUCAGGUAUCCCAGGAGGAUCUGAAAGUUUUAGCUAUUCCUGCACCAGCUGACCAGAAGACUGGGUUGCCAUCAGAACCUUCCAGUUCCUACUCAUGUAGGGAAAAGCCCAUUAUUUUCUGCCCCCAGGGCUUAACACACAGUCCGAUAUCUCAGGAGCCUCUGAAAGUUUCAGCGAUUCCUGGACCAGCUGACCAGAAGACUGGGUUGCCAUCAGAACCUUCCAGUUCCUAUUCACCGCGGGAGAAGCCCAUUAUUUUCUACCCAGAGGGCUUGGCAGACAGUCAGGUAUCCCAGGAGCCUCUGAAAGUUUCAGCGAUUCCUGGACCAGCUGACCAGAAGACUGGGUUGCCAUCAGAACCUUCCAGUUCCUACUCUUAUAGAGAGAAGCCCAUUAUUUUCUACCCUCAGGGCUUGGCAGAUAGUCAGUUACCUCAGGAGGUUCUGAAAGUUUCAGCUGUUCUUGGACCACCUGACCAGAAGACUGGGUUGCCAUCAGUACCUUCCAGUUCCCACUCAUAUAGAGAGAAGCCCAUUAUUUUCUACUCACAAGGCUUGACAGAUAGUCGGGUGUCUCAGGAGGCUCUGAAAGUUUCAGCUAUUCCUGGACUAGUUGAUCAGAAGAUUGGGUUGCCAUCAGAACCUUCUAGUUCCUACUCACCUAGAGAGAAGCCCAUCAUUUUCUACCCACAGAGCUUGAUAGAUGGCCAGGUACCUCAGGAGGCUCUGAAAGUUUCAGCUGUUCCUGGACCAACUGAUCAGAAGACUGGGUUAACAGCAGAACCUUCUAGUUCCUACUCAAACAGAGAGAAGUCUAAUAUUUUUUACCAGCAGGAGUUAUCAGGCAGUCAUCUAACUGAAGAGACUCUGAAAGUUUCAGCUGUUUCUGGAACAAGUGAUCAGAAGACUGGGAUACCAACGGUACCUUCAAGUUCCUACUCACUUGGAGAGAAGCCCAUUAUUUUCUAUCAGCAGGCCUUAUCGGAUAGACCUCUCACUGAAGAGGCUCUGAAUGUUUCACCUUCUCCUGGACCAGCUGAUCAGGAGACUGGGAUACCAACAGUAUCUUCUGUUUCUUACUCUCAUAGAGAGAAGCCCAGUAUUUUGUACCAACAACCCUUGUCAGACGAUCAGCUGGCUGUAGAAGCUCUGAAAAUUUCAGCUGUUUCUGGACCAGGUGAUCAGAAGACCAGAAAACCAACAGUUACCUCGGCUUCUUAUUCACAUAGAGAGAAGCCCAUCAUUUAUCAGCAAGAGUUUCCAGAUAUUACUGAAGCAUCUUUAAAUGUUUUCAGGGUGCCCGGACUAGGUGACCAGAAGACUGGAAUACCAGUAGUAACCUCUACUCCUUACUCACAUAGAGAGAAGCCCAUCAUUUCUUACCAGCAGGAGUUGCCAGAUCCUAAUGAAGGUAUUGUAAAAAUUUUAGGGGCUCCUGGGUCUGCUGACCAGAAGACUGGGAUACGAUUUGGGUCCUCUGCUUCCUAUUCACAUAGAGAGAGCCCCAUCUUUUCUUACCAGAGGGAGUCGCCAGGUGUUACUGAAGAAGCUCUGAAAGUUUCAGCUGUUUCUGGACCAGGUGACCAGAAGACUGGGAUACAUAUAAUUCCCUCUAGUUCCUACUCAUAUAGAGAGAAGGAUGGUAUUUUUAAACAGCAGGAGUUACCAGCUGUUACUGAAGAAGCUUUAAAGAUUUUUGCUCUUCCUGGACCUGCUGAUCAGAAGACUGAGAUACCAGUAGGACCUUCUAGCUCUUGCUCACAUAAAGAGAAACUCAAGCUUUCACCUGUGACUUUACCAGAUGACCAAAACACUGAGUUACUAACAGCUCCCCUUAGUUCCUACUCACAAGGAGAAAAGCCCAAAAUUUCAGCUGUGAUUGGACCAGAUAACCACACAACUCCAUUACUGACAGUUUUUCGUAAUUCCUAUUCUCAGAGAGUAAAGCCCAGUAUUUUCUUUCAACAAGAACUGCCAGAUAGACAUUGUAGUGAGGAUAUUUUGAAAAUUUCACCUAUCUCUGAACCAACUGAUGCGAACUCUGGGAUACCAAUACCUCUUUCUAGUUCCUAUUCCCACAGAGAGAAAUCUAAUAAUUUCUACCCACAGGAAUUGCCAGACAAACAUCUAGCUGAAGAUGCACUGAAGGUUUCAACAAUUCCUGUACUAGCUGACCAGAAAAGUCUGUCACCAACAGUUCCUUCUAGUUCCUUUUCACACAGACAGAAACCAAAUAUAUUCUAUCAACAGAAUUUUCCAGAUAGACAUGUAAUGCAAGAUGCUCUGAUGUUCUCAGGGGGUGUUGGGCAAGUUGAUCAGAUUACUGGGUUAUCAACAGUUACCUCUGGAACUUAUUCACAUAGUGAGAAGCAGAAACUUGUUUCAGACCAUGUUCAAAUGCUAAUAGAUAAUUUGGAUUCUUCAAACUCCAGUGUUAUCUCAAACAAUAUGCCUUUAAGUUCUCAGACUGAUGGUAGAGUUGUAAUAAGUAAACCAGAAUCUUCAGGUUUUGAAGAUGUUGGGUCUGAGGAAAUUCCAGAUACAAGCAGUGGUUCCAAAACGCUUAGAGAGAUUCGGACCCUUUUAAUGGAGGCAGAAAAUAUAGCACUGAAACGAUGCAAUUUUUCUGCUCCCCUUGUCCCUUUCAGAGAUGUUAAUGAUAUUUCAUUUAUACAAUCUAAGAAGGUGGUUUGCUUCAAAGAACCCCUCACAGCUGAUGAACCUAAUGGUGAUUUGCCUCAGAGUCUGCCAUUUACAGAAGAAAGCCCAAGCAACAAGUGCAUACAGAAGGAUAUUAGCACCCAGGCAAAUCUGAAAUGCCAGAGAGGCAUUGAGAAUUGGGAGUUCAUUAGUUCAACUACAGUUAGAAGUCCUCUACGGGAAGCAGAAAGCAAAGCCAGAGUGGCAGUAGAUGAAACCCUUCGGCAAUAUAGAGCAGCCAAAUCUGUAAUGAGAUCUGAGCCUGAAGGGUAUAGUGGAACCACUGGGAAUAAAAUUGUUAUACCUAUGAUGACUAUCAUUAAAAGUGAUUCAAGUAGUGAUGCCAGCACCUGCUCGUGGGACAGUAAUUCAUUGGAGUCAGUUUCUGAUGUUCUUCUAAACCUCUUUCCAUAUGCUUCACCCAAGACAAGCUUGACAGAUAGUAGAGAGGAAGAAGGUGUGCUGGAGAGUGAUGAUGCUGGUGGUAGCAGUGUAGAUUCACUGGCUGCACAUGUCAGAAACCUUCUGAAAUGUGAAUCGUCAUUGAAUCAUGCUAAACAAAUACUCCGAAAUGCAGAAGAAGAGGAAUGUCGAGUACGGGCACGAGCCUGGAAUCUGAAAUUAAAUUUGGCCCAUGAAUGUGGCUACUCCAUUUCAGAAUUAAAUGAAGAUGACAGGAGAAAAGUAGAAGAGAUCAAAGCAAAGUUGUUUGCUCAUGAGAGAACAACUGACUUGUCCAAGGGUGUACGGAGUCCACGGGGAAUAGGAUGCAAGCCAGAAGCUGUAUGUAGUCACAUUAUUAUUGAGAGCCAUGAAAAAGGAUGUUUCAGGACUCUAACUGCUGAACAACCACAAUUGGAUAGUCACCCUUGUGUUUUCAGAUCUGCUGACCCCUCAGAAAUGAUCAGAGGACAACGGAGUCCAUCAUCAUGGAGAACCAGACACAUCGACCUUUCCAAAUCACUAGACCAGAGUAACCCCCAUUUCAAAGUUUGGAAUUCCUUGCAGUUACGAAGUCAUUCCCCAUUUCAAAACUUUACAGCUGAUGACUUCAGAAUUAGCCAGGGUCUUCGAAUGCCAUUCCAUGAAAAGAUAGACCCUUGGCUGUCAGAAUUAGUAGAACCUGCUUGUGUGCCAUCUGAAGAAAUGGACUGUCAUUCUUCAUCACAAAUGCUGCCCCCAGAACCCUUGAAAAAGUUUACUACUUCCAUCACUUUUUCAUCUCACCGACAUUCUAAAUGCUUUUCAGAUUCCUCUGUUUUUAAGGUUGGUGUUACUGAAGGUAGCCAGUGUACUGGAGCAUCUGUGGGGGUAUUUAAUUCUCAUUUCACUGAAGAGCAAAAUCCUCCCAAAGAUCUAGAACAGAGAACCUCUUCCCCUUCGUCAUUUAAAAUUGUUAGUCAUUCACCAGAUAAAGCUGUGACUAUCUUAGCAGAAAGUGGUAGGCAAAGCCAAAAACUAUCUGUUGAACAUUCUCAGCAAGAAGAAAAACUCUUAGAAAGAUCAGAUUUUAAAGGCAGUGAUUCUGAGCCCAGUACCAGUGAAAAGGGUAGCGAUGUCAAGGAAGUUCAUUUUUCUGAUAACCAUACCUUCAUUAGAAUGAACAGACCAAGUUCCACACUAGGAGUAAAAGAGAAGAAUGUAACUAUAACUCCAGAUAUUGCUUCGCACAUUAUUCUUGAACAACGAGAGCUCUUUGAACCAAGCAAAGCCUCACAUGCAGAUCACCAUGUGAGAAAACAUUCUCCCCCUCCUCAACAUCAGGAUUACCUAGCUCCAAACCUUCCUUGUCGCAUUUUUCUUGAAAAACGAGAACUCUUUGAACAAAGCAAAACCCCACAUUUAGAUCAUCAAAUGAGAGAAAACCACUGUCCCUUUCCUCAAAGUCAGGAUUAUAUAGCUUCAGACAUUCCUUCUUCCAUUUUUCUUGAACAACGUCAGCUCUUUGAACAAAGCAAAACCCCAGAUGUAGAUCACAUGGGGAAAUACCAUUCCCCUCUUCCUCAAGGUCAGGAUUAUAUAGUAGAAAAGAAUAACCAGCAUAAGUUUAGAUCAUACAUUUCCAAUAUGAUAAAUGUUGAAGCCAAGUUCGAUAAUGUGGUGUCCCAGUCAGCCCCAAAUCAGUGUACAUUAGUAACAUCUACAUCUACUCCACCCUCAAAUAGAAAAGCACUUUCUUGUGUUCGUAUAACUCUUUAUCCCAAGACUCCUUCCAGGUUGGAUGGUGGAACCUUAGAUAAAAGAUUUCACUCAUUGGAUCCUGCUUCUAAAACAAGGAUGAAUAGUGAGUUUAACUCUGACCUACAAACUAUAUCUUCAAGAUCAUUGGAACCAACCUCCAAAUUAUUGACCAGUGAACCUGUAGCACAGAAUCAACAAUCUUUAGGUUUUCUAGGACCUAAAUCUUCACCGGACUUCCAAGUUGUACAGUCUCCUCUUCCAGAUAGUGAUACUAUUUCCCAGGACUUGAAAACCAUACUUUUUCAGAAUAGCCAGAUAGUAACCUCAAGGCAAACACAAGUGAACAUUUCAGAUUUGGAAGGAUAUUCCAGUCCGGAAGGGACUCCGGUAUCUGCAGAUCGACCAUCAGAGGAGAUUAAGACCCCAUUUUCUGCCUUUCCUGGAAAAUUGUCAUCUGAUGCCGUCACUCAGAUAACAACAGAAAGUCCAGGAAAAACCAUGUUCUCAUCUGAGAUUUUUAUUAAUGGUGAUGAUCGUGGACUUGAAAUUCCAGAGCCCAGUACCCCAAAGGUGGGCAAAGUUCCUGUCAAAUUUGCUUCAUCAUCUUCAGGCCAACAGAUUACUCAUCCUUAUGGCACAGAUGCCCAGCCUUCACUGUUGCCAUAUAAGCCUCCUGGUAGUACGAGGAUGUACUAUGUUCCACAAUUGAAACAAAUUCCUCCAUCUCUGGAUUCCAGAUCAGAUACCACCAUUGAGAGCUCACACUCAGGAUCCAAUGAUGCCAUUGCUCCAGACUUCCCGGCGGAGGUACUAGGCACAAGGGAUGACGACCUACUAGUCACUGAUAACCUUAAACAUAAAGAGGGAAUCUACAGUAAGAGGGCGGUGGCUAAGACAACCUUGCCACUGGGGGCAAAAUCUCCUCAGAAAGAUAAUGCAGAUGCCCAAGUUCAAGUUUCCAUCAUUGGGGAUGAGGACAUUUCAGAUAAAAACCAGAAAAAGGAGAUCUACAAUAAAAAUGCAGUGACUCAGGCUGCCCAACCUGAAGAAAAAGAACCCUUGCAGAAAACCACUGAAGGUUCUGAUGGUGUUGCAGCUGCAGAGCACUCAGCUAGACUGCAAGACACAAAGACUGAAAGUCUACCAGACACUGAAGAUGUUAAACAGAAAGAGGAGAGCCUUACUAAGAGAAGAGUUCCUAAGGAAGCCUGGACAAAAGAAAAAGAAUCCUUCCAGAUAGAUAUUGCAGAGUCCAGAUGUCAUUCAGAAUUUGAAAAUACUACCCAUUCUGUCUUCAGGUCAGCCAAGUUUUACUUUCAUCAUCCAGUGCACCUACCAAGUGAUCAAGAUUUUUGCCAUGAAUCCUUAGGAAGGAGUGUUUUCAUGAGACAUUCUUGGAAAGAUUUCUUUCAGCAUCAUCCAGACAAACAAAGAGAACACACUCGUCUUCCUUCACCUCACCAAAAUGUGGAAAAGACGAAGGCAGAUUAUACCAGAAUAGAGAGCCUCAGUAUCAAUGUAAACUUGGAAAACGAAGUGAUGCAUACUGCUAAAAGUCGGACUAGAGAUUAUCCAAAAAGUGACAAACUAAUUAAUGAUCAAAAAAAGGAUCAUAAGGUCACCCCAGAGCCAACAGCUCAGCACAGUGUGAGUUUGAAUGAACUCUGGAACAAGUAUCAGGAGCGACAGAGGCAAAAGAAACCUCCUGAGUUCAGUGACAGGAAAGAACUAUCCUUGGUGGAACGACUUGAUCGUUUGGCUAAACUUCUUCAGAAUCCCAUCACGUACUCUCUCCGGACCUCUGAAAGCACACCGGAUGAUAGCAGAGGAGAACGAGAUGUUAAGGAAUGGAGUGGUAGACAGCAACAGCAGAAAAACAAGCUUCAGAAAAAGAAGCGGUAUAAGAGCCUAGAGAAAUUCCAUAAAACUGCAGGAGAGCUUAAAAAAAGCAAGGUGCUUUCUACUCAUCAAGCUGGGAAACCCAAUCAGAUCAAAAUUGAACAGAUUAAAUUUGAUAAGUAUAUCCUGAGAAAACAGCCAGGUUUUCAUUGCAGAAACAACACUUAUUCAGAUUCUAGGCCCUCAGAAGAGAGUGAGCUGCUCACAGACACCCCCACCAACAUUGUUUCCACCACCACUUCUCCGGUGGAAUCAGAUAUGUUGACCCAAACAGAUAGAGAGGUGACUCUGCAUGAGAGGAGCAGCUCUAUUUCCACCAUUGACACUGCCCGACUGAUCCAAGCUUUUGGCCAAGAAAGAGUUUGUCUGUCACCCAGGCGAAUUAAAUUAUACAGCAGCCUCACCGACCAUCAGAGGAGAUUCUUUGAGAGGCGGAACAAGAAGAACAAGAAAGCACUGAAUACGGCUCAUCCCCAAAUGACUUCUGAGCACACCAGAAGGAAACACAUCCAGGUGCCAGACCAUGUGAUUUCUUCUGAUUCUGUUUCAUCUUCUACCAGUAGUUUCUGGAGCUCAAGCUCUACCCUUGGCAACAAGCAAAAUGUACAAAUGUUAAACAAGAGCAUACAAGCAGGUAACUUAGAGAUUGUGAAUGGUGUCAAAAAACACACUCGAGAUGUGGGGAUGACUUUCCCAACUCCAAGUUCUAGCGAGGCUAGAAUAGAAGAGGACAGUGAUGUGACUUCUUGGUCAGAAGAAAAAAUAGCAGAGAAAAGACUUCUUGCCAACUAUCUUGGGGACAAAAAGUUAAGGAAGAACAAGCACAGCUUCUAUGAAGGAGUUUCAUGGUUUGUUCCCAUGGAAAAUGUGAAGUCCGGUCCUAAGGAAAACCUGCCCAAGCAUCAUGGCCCUGGUAUCUGCUGGUUUGCACCAAUAACCAACACCAAACCAUGGAGGGAACCGCUGCGGGAACAGAACUGGCAGGGACAGCACAUGGACAGCCACGGGGCACUAGCCGGCCCAGGCAGAGAGCCACCGAGGCCGUUUGUGAGAGCAACGCUACAGGAAUCCCUUCAGUUUCACAGACCUGACUUCAUCUCCCGCUCUGGGGAGCGGAUAAAGCGUCUGAAGCUGAUAGUCCAGGAGAGGAAGCUGCAGAACAUGUUGCAGAGCGAGCGGGAGGCCCUGUUCAACGCUGUGAGAGAACGGCAGGGCCAGGACCCUGUGCGCCCGCUUCUGAAAAGAGGCUUCCUGGAUGCCCGAAAGAACAGACCUAUUGGGAAGAAGGAAAUGAUUCAGAGGUCUAAACGGAUUUAUGAGCAGCUUCCAGAAGUUCAGAGAAAGAGAGAUGAGGAGAAGAGGAGAUUGGAAUACAAGUCAUACCGCCUGCGAGCUCAGCUCUUCAAGAAGAAAGUGACCAAUCAGCUCUUGGGGAGAAAAGUUCCCUGGAACUGAUAGGAGAUUAUUUUCCUCACAGUCCUGGAAUUAUAUUUUAUCAACAUGAAGAAGCACAAUCCUUACUUUUAUGAGUCUGGUUUAAUAAAACUUAACUCUUUGUCUAUGUUUAAUUUAGAAGUAGUAACCUUCUAAAGAGUCUGAGGAGAAUGGUGAUUAGGAUUAUUAAUGGUUUGGGAGCAAUAUUUUCUCCACAGCGGCCUUGCCCACAGGAAUGUUUGUCACAGUGAUACCAUUUCUGAAUUCUAGCCACGAGUAAGUCCCUUUUUGUAUGUGUUUUUAUACUUUUAGAAAAUAAAUAACUUCUGAUUGGUUCAUA